AUGGAAGAGAUUGCAUCAAUGAACUCUGCCGGUGUUGAAGCAAACAACAACAUGUUGGAGAAGGCUCACAUAGAGGACAAAGGGCGCGGAAACGGAAUGGAUGUUAAGGACGAUAUCUCACAAAUUAAAAUGGCCAUUAAAGCCCUUACUGAAACGGUGACAAAAUCACUUGUGCAGAACAAGGUGAUGAACACUCGUGUUGACGAGUUGAGCUUGACAAUGACCACCAUACAACACUCCAUUCAGCUAAUGGGGAAAUCAGUAUCUGCAAGUGAUGUAACACAUCUGAAGCACACUCCAAAACAAACAACACAAACUGAUGGAAGUCAAAGCUGCACCCCAGUAGCUGCAAGUGAGAACGUAACACCAAACACGACUGCUGCUAAAUCUGUAAACAAGAAACGCGAGGUGGACCUUAUUGGGGAUGAAGACCUUGACUUGCUGACAUAUAUUUCAGAUGAUGAAUACGUGGCUGAUGACAAUGACGAGGUUAUGCUUAGCCAUGAACAACACAAGAGUGGUGCCUUUUCUAUCACAUGGGGUCAAAGAUUCGUUAACCAAUCAGUCAACAAAGCACGCAAGACACCAGAACAGCCUAGCCCUACUCAGAGUCUGAUUCGUGCAUUCAACGUAGAUGAUGGACUAACAGGGAAAAAACUUUUUCAUUCACCAACACCAACCAAACGCAAGGGCAAAGAUUCCAAAGCCGAUGAAGAUGAAGACCUUGUUAGCGAUAGCACUGAAAUGUUACCUUCAAGGUUAUGAAAACCGGACCGGUAGUCAAACCGGUGAGGGCACUGGUUCACGGUUCAUUGGUCCAACCGCAGUUGAACCGUGGUCCAACCGGUAUUACCGCUAUAAAUUAAAUAAUAUUAUUUUAAAAUAAAUAUAGAAUAUAUAAGGAAUUUUUGAAAAGAAAAAAAAAAGAAAAAAUCCAUAACUUCAUACUAAAAAAAAUA